AGGCGCAAGAUAGAGCGCACUAACGUACGCGUGUAUAUGGUACUAAAUCUGACCCGAUCGAGAAACGGCGAUUUCAAAGAAAAAAGCACCAAAUCCCUGGAGGGAUAUACAUAUACAUAUACACACACAUACACAUCGGCGAGACCAUAUCAUGAUCAUGAUGGAGUGUAUGGAGCAUCAGUCGUGCAGUGUGCCGCCUGGGUUUAGAUUUCAUCCGAAGGAGGAGGAGCUUGUCGGAUAUUAUCUCAGGAAGAAAGUCGCGUCGCAGAAGAUCGAUCUUGAUGUUAUUAGAGAAAUCGAUCUCUACAAGAUUGAGCCAUGGGAUCUACAAGAGAGAUGCAGGAUGGGUUAUGAGGACCAAAACGAAUGGUACUUUUUCAGCCACAAGGACAAGAAGUAUCCGACAGGGACGAGGACCAACAGAGCCACAGUGGCCGGAUUCUGGAAAGCCACAGGCCGAGACAAAGCCGUACACCACAAAUCCAAACUCAUUGGCAUGAGAAAGACCCUUGUCUUUUACAGAGGACGAGCUCCCAACGGUCAGAAAACCGAUUGGAUCAUGCACGAAUACCGUCUUGAAUCUGAGGAGAAUGCACCCCCGCAGGAAGAAGGAUGGGUGGUAUGCAGAGCGUUCAAGAAACGUGUGCAGACAAAGAGAAGCGAAGCGUGGGAGAAGAGUUGCUUCGUAUUGGAUGAAGCCAUGCACAUGCCAUCAUCGUCGUCGUCGUCAUCGUCAUCAUCACAUUAUGAUAACACUCUCACAUCUCUUUGUAAGAAAGGGUUUCCGGACAUUGAUCUGUUCAUUCAAACCGAGGAUCGGUUAUGUCAGAAGCUUCCUCAUCAGCUGGAGAGCCCAUCUUCUCUACCUCCGCUCCAUGAAGAAGACCACCGAAACAACGACGACUGCUUCACCAAUUCAGAGAAGAGAGUCACCGACUGGAGAUCUCUCGACAGGUUCGUGGCGUCUCAGCUGCUCAUGAGUGGACAACCCUAACUAUAAAACGGAGGCCUGAGGUUUCUCAUAUAUAUAUAUAUAUAUAUAUGUGUGUGUGUGCGUGUAUAUCUGUAUGCAUGCAUGCAUGGACACGUCGUCAUUUUUAGAGCAUGAAUUAAUU